CAGCGUAGUCCAGAUAGUACGUAAUCAAAACAGAGAAAAGAGCAGCAAAGGAUGUCCGUAGCGGAACUCGCUUGAGCCAGGCAGUGGUCUAAUCGAUCCCAGCUGCUGGAGAGAUGAAAACCGUUCCCCUGGGUAAGUCACGUGUUCUCGAGGGAGCGCUUGGUUUUGGGACACUGCGAGUGAGAACGCUGCGUAGCAUUGCCAGUUGCUACUUGAGCCGCUUGUUCGGUCGUGGUUAACAAAAAAUAACAGACGUAGGGCUAUUUCAAGCAGCCUUAUACGUUGCGGUAACAGUGCCGACGUUUUCAUCAGAGCUGUAAAUUGUCGACUUUGAGGAAACGCGCUUCGGCAAACUUCUGGCUAACGUUUGUGCGCCAGAUACAACUGCAAUAUACCAAGCCUAUGUAACGUUACAAUAGCUGCUAGGACCUGAGAAGUCAACCCGGGGACGUCAUUGCGAGCAAAGGAGCCAGUUUGAGCGUGUUUGGUUUUGAGUAGCAGACAAUGAGACUGUAGCCCUCAACUCCAAAGAAGUUGUCAGCCCCUUCGCUGUGUGUCCACGCCCUCACUGACCGCUAGCAGUCAGAGUUCACAGGUAACUCACCAGCUUCUGUGGGAUUUGAUGUCGCCUCUAGAUCGGCUCAAUUGAAGAUGGAAACACUGGAGUCGGAGCUGACCUGCCCAAUCUGCCUGGAGUUAUUUGAAGACCCCCUGCUGCUCCCCUGCGCCCACAGCCUGUGUUUCAACUGCGCCCACCGCAUCCUGGUUUCCCACUGCUCCACCAACGAGCCCAUCGAGUCCAUCUCCGCCUUCCAGUGCCCCACCUGCCGUUACGUCAUCACGCUCAACCACCGCGGCCUGGAGGGGCUGAAGCGCAAUGUGACCCUGCAGAACAUCAUCGACCGCUUCCAGAAGGCCUCCCUGAGCGGCCCCAACUCCCCGAGCGAGAGCCGGCGCCAACAGCGCCCCCACAGCAGCGGCCCCAGCACUGCGCGAGGCAGCCCGGCCUUCGCCAUGUCCCUGGAGCAGCGCGUGGGCUGCCAGUUCUGCGAGCAGGACCCGCCCCGCGAGGCGGUGAAGACCUGCGUCACCUGCGAGGUGUCGUACUGCGACCGCUGCCUGCGCGCCACGCACCCCAACAAGAAGCCCUUCACCGGCCACCGGCUGGUGGAGCCAGUGCCCGACGCCCACCUGCGCGGCCUCACCUGCCUGGAGCAUGAGAACGAGAAGGUCAACAUGUACUGCGUGGUGGACGACCAGCUCAUCUGCGCCCUGUGCAAGCUGGUGGGACGUCACCGGGAGCACCAGGUGUCCUCUCUGAGCGAGCGCUUCGACAAGCUCAAGGCCUUUCAAGUGAGCCCUGGCAGACUAUCUGAAGCGGUUAUCGUGGAGACAUCAAAGACAAACGCUGCGCAAACCCUGGAGAACAACCUGACGAACCUGGUGAAGAGGAACAGUGAGCUGGAGAGCCAGAUGGCCAAGCUCAUCCAGAUCUGUCAGCAGGUGGAGGUAAACACAGCCAUGCAUGAAGCCAAGCUGGUGGAGGAGUGUGACGAGCUGGUCGAGAUCAUCCGUCAGAGGAAGCAGGUCAUCGCUGUCAAGAUCAAAGAGUCUAAGGUGAUGAAGCUGAGGAAGCUGGCCCAGCAGAUUGCCAACUGCCGACAGUGUCUGGAGCGCUCCAGCGUACUCAUCACCCAGGCCGAGCAAAGCCUGAAGGAGAACGACCACGCCCGCUUCCUGCAAACCGCCAGGAACGUGGCUGAGAGGGUUGCCAUGGCUACGGCAUCCUCUCAGGUCUUGAUCCCGGAUGUCAAUCUGAACGAGGCCUUUGACACUUUUGCCCUGGAUUUCUCUCGAGAGAAGAAAAUCCUGGAGGGGCUGGAUUAUCUCACAGCUCCAAACCCGCCCUCUAUACGAGAAGAGCUCUGCACGGCCUCCCAUGACACCAUCACGGUCCACUGGACCUCGGAGGAUGAAUUCAGCGUCACCUCCUACGAGCUGCAGUACACCAUCUACACCGGCCAGGCCAACUUCAUCAGUCUGUAUAACUCUGUGGACAGCUGGAUGAUCGUGCCCAACAUCAAGCAGAACCACUACACAGUCCACGGCCUGCAGAGCGGAACCCGCUACGUGUUCUUCGUCAAGGCCAUAAAUCAGGCCGGCAGUCGCAACAGUGAACCCGCGCGUCUCAAGACCAACAGUCAGCCUUUUAAGCUGGACCCUAAAACAGCUCACAAAAAGCUGCGGCUGUCCAAUGACUGCUUGACAAUGGAGAAGGACGAGAGCUCUCUGAAGAAGAGCCACACACCGGAGAGGUUCAGCAGCACCGGCUCGUAUGGCGCUGCCGGGAACGUCUUCAUCGACAGUGGCUGCCAUUACUGGGAAGUGCUACUGGGCGCCUCCACCUGGUAUGCGGUGGGCGUGGCCUACAAGUCAGCCCCGAAGAACGAGUGGAGCGGCAAGAACUCGUCCUCCUGGGUCUUCUCCCGCUGCAACAACAACUUCAUGGUGAGGCACAACGGCAAGGAGAUGCUGGUGGAGGCCAGCCUGCAGCUCAGGCGCCUGGGCGUCCUGCUGGACUACGACAACAACUCCCUGUCCUUCUACGACGCCAUGAACUCCCAGCACCUGCACACCUUCGAGAUCUCCUUCCUGCUGCCCGUGGCGCCUACCUUCAUGAUCUGGAACAAGUCGGUGAUGAUCCUGUCCGGCCUGCCCGUGCCUGACUUUGUGGACUGCCCCGAGCAGCAGGAGGGCGUCUGCCGGCAGCAGGAGUCACCCUAUGUGUCGGGCAUGAAGGGCUGCCACUGAGACUCCACUCCCCCGACCCUGAACCACACACCCGCGGCCCCGCCCCUUUCCGCCCUGCCCCGCCCCCAUGUGCCUCCACAGCUGGCCCUCCUGCAAGCGGGUCAUUCCUAAUUUUUUCUUCUCUUGGUUCAUUUUCACCCUCGACUUUCCUCUUUUCUCUGAUGAGUGAACGUUGCUCAUGCUCUCGGUUUAAGGAAGCAUUUUGUUGUGU